AGUUCUUUCUCUUAAACCCUCCUCUGCUCCGCGCCUUAAAAAGCCCUAAAACCCUAGAAAGGAGGAGGAAGAAGAAAAUGUCAUCCGCUAUGUCUUAUCUCCUUCGAAAAUCCCUUCGAUUUUCUCUCCUUCCUUCUCUCGCAUCCAAACAGCAUCAAUCUCUUUCCUUUUCUUCUUCAAUCUCCUCCUCCUCUUCUUCUCCUCUUCUGAGAAGAAUCCCGCAAAACCCAGUAAAACCCCCACCUCCUUUUCUAUCCUCCUUUCGCUUUGCUUCGUCAGGUAAGAAGCCCGGAGCCGACGAAAAACUCAAACUGGUCCUCGAUUCGGAAAUAAAAUGCGCUGAAGAAUCCGACGAUCUUGAUCAGGGUUUGCCAGAUGUUUCUCCAUUCGAGAUAGUUGAUAAUCCAGGUGAACAGACAGUUACCUUGAAACGAGAAUUCAUGGGUGAGAGCAUCCAAGUCGAGGUUCACAUGUCAGAUCUCAUGGGAGAAGAGGAUGAAGAAGACAAGGAUGAUGCUGACAGUGGAGAUGACAAUGAGGAGAAUUCGUCCCAGCCAAAUGUCUCUCUGAUUGUGACAAUUUCCAAAGGCGAGGGCCCCUCUUUGGAAUUUUGUUGCACUACCUAUCCUGAUAAAUUCACCAUUGACAGUAUGCUAAUGAAGGGACAGCAGGUUUCAGAUGAUCAGAUUGCUUAUGAAGGGCCUGAGUUCUCGGAUUUGGAUGACAAUUUGCAGAAAGCCUUUUACAAGUAUCUGGAAGCUAGAGGCAUCAAAAGCUCUCUCACAAAUUCAUUGCAAGAAUACAUGGUGAACAAGGAUAACAGAGAAUACUUGAGGUGGUUGAAGAACAUGAAGGACUUCGUUGAGAAUUGAGUCUUCUGCUUGCUUCUGAAUUUAUGAGGCUGGAAGAGAAAUUUGACACCAAUCUCUUCAAGUGGUGUGUUUUUCAGGUUUUUACUUUUGGAAUUUUACUGGCCAUAAAACAUUCCGUUAAUUGAGAGAGGGUGAUUGUUUCACCACAGGUUACGAUCCGUCGUACACUUAGAAGAGUACACCAUUUAAGUAAGCACAUGCCUUUUUUUUUUUUUAUAAAUGUUUAUUGUGACUAGAUAUUCUUAAUCCUUGAUUUCUUCUAGUUACCUGUUGAUGUGAGA